UUUUAAUUCCUCUGUUUGUACACGGAACUGACUCUUGUUGUGACUGUCAGCCUGGUCAUUCGUUCAGAGCAGACUGGUGCCUUGACCUUCAUGGUUUUUUAUCUCGCGAAGAGUUUGCCGCUAGACUUGAACAGAUUAAUAAUCAUGUCCAAGACAUUGAACUAAUGACCCACAAAACAAAAAAAUUAUUAUAUUAUAUCGCUAUCAUUGGUGCUGGAUUGUUAUCACUUAUCUUCACUUUCAUAAUGCGCAAUCUUAUUGGUAUACCUGUAGGCACUGGCAUAUCCGGAUUUUUAACCACAUUCGGCAAAUAUUUGAUCGAAAAAAAUGCUGCAGAACGCGCAAUAGCAUUUACUAAUCGGUUAAACGAACUUUUUGCACAAUAUAACAAACAUGAAAAUCCAACUGUCAAUUGGAAAUUCUGGUGGGUUAAUUCCUACGAAAGAUACGUUACUGAUUUGGAUGGAAGAGCUUAUGGAAAUGGUCAUUUAAACAAGUUAAGGAUGAAGUAUGGUCUUAGGGUUAAAUUCGCGGCCUUAUUUGCUGAAAAUGCUUUAAUUAUUCUUGAAAUCAAUGAUGCCCUCUCUGAUCUUACCAAAGAUACU